AUGCACCUGAUAGAGCAUGGAGCUCGUAACUUUGGCGUAGCCAAGAGUACCAUCCACUGUGGAUGGGUCAUCUGCUACGAGCAACUAAAAGCGGAAGGUGCCCAGUCGAAGGUCCGCCGUCACCCAUGCAUCACGCGUGGCACGCUCAUUGAAGACGAAAGCCAAGAUUGGCGAUAA